AAAAAACAUGAACACAAAAAAAAAAACUAAUAAUAAUAAAAAAUAACAAAAACUGAAGAAAAGAAUGAAUUCAAAGAAAAAACCAAAAAAAGACGAGAAUUUCUUCAAGAAAUGAAAGGAGGGGUCAUUGGUUUAUCAACUUCGUUUUGCCUUUUGCUUUCAUAAUCCAAAAGUUCUUGUUUUUCUGAAGCAAUAAAAGAUUUCCAUUCUACAUAUCUAAAGCAGAAAUAGAGGUAUGUAUGAACCACAUUACAUUUUCUCAAUGCAUUUGUUCAUUCUCUUGUUUCAGAAGUGUACUCUUGUUGAACUUUAAUCUUUCAUUGAUUAAGUACAACUCCUUUUUAUUUACAAGAAUUCUCAAUUUAUUUGUCUUGCAUGGCUCACCAAAAAGUACAUCCGUUGUUGAAAAUGCAUCGUAAAUGAUGAAACUGGAGCCAAGAACCUUUAUUAUUUUGGGAUGCCACAAAUCCUGUGUUUUUUUUUUUUUUUUGAUCAUUCAACACGUAUUGGCGAAGCUAAGAGUACUGUGGAAUGUUAAUGAUAUGUUUGUUGGCUCCGUUCUGGAGUACACAUUGAUGGUGAAGAGACUGUGAUUUGGGAUAAUUACGGAGAGAUAAUUAAGAAGGGAAAGAAGCAAAGAUUUGAGAUUAUAUAUAAUGAACAAAGAACUUCAUGGCAUUGUGAAGGGCUGGGAAUCCAAAGUUAGAAAAGCACAAGCAGCAGUGAAGAAGAAAAGGGCUGGCAGCAUUUUUGCAACAAUGUCAGUAGCCCAUGUUGAUGACGAUGAUCUUGAAAUCCCGCGAGACAAAGUUUAUCAUGUAGAGCAAAACCUGUCCAAUGGAGACAUGUAUAGAGGGCAGUGGGCAGAUAAUUGUCCAAAUGGAAAUGGUAAAUAUUUGUGGUCUGAUGGUUGUAUGUAUGUAGGUGAAUGGGUAACAGGGAAUAUGAACGGCAAAGGAAAGUUCUGUUGGCCUUCAGGUGCAACUUAUGAGGGCCAAUUCAAUAAUGGACUAAUGGAUGGUGAAGGGACUUACAUUGGUUGUUCAAACAGUUCUUACAAAGGUGAUUGGGUAUAUAACCUAAGACAUGGGAAAGGGGUCAAGAAGUACUCAAAUGGUGAUCAAUAUGAUGGGAACUGGCGGCGUGGGCGGCUUGAUGGGCAAGGGAGGUACCAAUGGAGUAAUGGAAACCAGUACAUUGGACAGUGGAGGAAUGGGAAGAUGAAUGGCAAUGGCACCAUGAUUUGGGCUAAUGGAAAUCGGUAUGACGGUUGCUGGGAAGAUGGAUUGCCUAAAGGAAAUGGAACGUACAGAUGGUUUGAUGGGAGUUUCUAUGCAGGGAAAUGGAGUCAAGAACCCAAGGAAAUGAGUGGAACUUAUUACUCUUCUACAUCCGAAAUAGACCAGUUAGAUUGGAAUCCGCAGGAGGUUUAUUCCAGUUGUAUGAGAGAGUGCAAGAUCAGUAGGGAUGAUAAGAUAUCAGUGUUUCCUUCAGAAAAGAAGGUUAGUUGUUGCCCCCCUGAAGGGGAUCUUUCACAGAAACAUUCUCUAAGGAAGAAUUCGAGACCUAAGGAAGGGAGGGAGCUGAGGAGCGGAUCAAUGGCCGGAAGGUUAAGUAAUGGUGGUUUCUCUAGUUUGGGCUCCGAAUCUGAGAUUGGUUUUGAUGGAGAAACUGGCAAUAUUGCUGAUAUACCAAGAGAAACAAGGCAUCAACACAUUCGAAUACAACCAAAGAAGAGACAAGGAAACACAAUAACAAAAGGGCACAGAAAUUAUGAACUUAUGCUCAACUUGCAGCUUGGAAUAAGGCAUUCAGUAGGAAGGCCAGCCCCCGCAAAAUUCCUUGAUCUAAAGGCAACAGCAUUUGACCCAAAGGAAAAGAUUUGGACCAAAUUUCCACCAGAAGGAUCCAAACAUACACCACCACACCAGUCUUGUGAUUUCAGAUGGAAAGAUUAUUGCCCUCUGGUUUUCAGGACGCUAAGGAACUUAUUUAAAGUCGAUCCAGCAGAUUACAUGAUAUCAAUAUGUGGGAAUGAUGCUCUUCGAGAGCUGUCAUCGCCCGGAAAAAGUGGAAGCUUCUUUUACUUGACCAAUGAUGACAAGUACAUGAUAAAGACAAUGAAGAAGUCUGAAGUUAAAGUCCUACUAAGGAUGCUUCCAAAUUAUUACAAUCAUGUUCGAGCAUUUGAGAACACUUUAAUAACAAAAUUCUAUGGUUUGCAUUGUGUGAAACUGACAGGAGCAGCACAAAAGAAGGUAAGAUUCGUAAUCAUGGGGAAUUUGUUCUGUACUGAAUAUGCUAUCCAUCGCCGGUUCGACUUGAAAGGUUCUUCGCAUGGCCGAUUAACUGAUAAACCAGAAUCUGAGAUUGAUUCAACCACCACCCUUAAGGACCUCGAUCUUAAUUUCAUCUUCGGACUGCGAAAGAAUUGGUUCGAAGAAUUUUGCAGGCAGGUGGACAAGGAUUGUGAUUUUCUUGAACAAGAAAGAAUUAUGGAUUACAGUCUACUUGUCGGCGUCCACUUUAGACAAGUUUCUCAGUCUGGAGAGCCGCUGGCUUGUGAGGUUCGAACCUUCGAAAUUUCAACUUCAGGAGGAGAUAUAAAUGGAAGUGGAUCAACUCCUCGGAAUAAACGGGCAAACUCGAAUCCUUUAGAUACUUCGCGGUGGGCAUUAGGAAUUAGUAUGCCGGCACGGGCUGAGGUGACCUUGAGGAAAAAUGAAUUUGAGUUGAUUGGGGAACCAACAGGGGAGUUCUACGACAUCAUUCUCUUCUUCAGCAUUAUUGACAUCUUACAAGAUUAUGAUAUAAGCAAGAAGCUUGAGCAUGCUUAUAAAUCAAUCCAGUACGAUCCUACUUCUAUUUCUGCUGUUGAUCCCAAACAAUAUUCAAGGCGUUUUCGCGACUUCAUAUUCCGAGUAUUUGCUGAAGACAACUAGAUAUAUGUUUCUGUAAUUAAGAUAUUUGAAUACCUAUGCAACCAUACAAAUGGGUUAUGCCAAAUGUGGUAAAGUUUACUCCAUCGAGAAGGUAAAUAUGUGUUCGUUGAAUUAUUAUAGGUACGGAGAGAAUAAUUGUUAUGCAUUUAGUAUAGUUGUAGGUAGAAUAGAUACAUCAGUGAGGUAAAAACAAAGAAUUUGCUUGGAAAGGCAUAGUUCAAGCAAACCUGACAAAAAUUGUAUUGUUUUAGGAAUUUAUAUUAGAUAUCGUCUUUGGAUUUUGGUCCGAGACAUUUACAACUCAAUAUAUAGUUUCAAG